GGUAAUACUCAUAACAACGAUUAUUACCGAACAGAACCUUCGUGCUGAUCAAGAUGAAGGACCUAACUGGACCAAGUAUGAAGACGAGUCUGAGCAGGCACCAGUCAUCAUGGGUUUACUUGCGUUUCACUGUGGGUCUAACAACCUUGUACCUACAUGUACUGGUUGGCUUGCUCUCAUUUGCCGAUUGUGCCGUUUACGAUAUACCGAAGAUCUGCAAUGGCAUUAAUCCGGUCCAGUAUCAGGGAAUCGAUACGGAGGGAAGCCAGAUUGAUGCGGAAAUUUCGCUGGGAAAGAAAUUGGCUGAUACACACUGGCAACUGGUCCGAAUCUACACGACACUUGAGGUGGAUAAUCAUACCUACUCGCCCGGGUAUUGCCCUAAAGACGGAUUCAGGCCGGCACACGAGAUGGAGACGAACGGCUCAUGGCUUUCGCUGGCGUUCGUGUAUGGACGUGACGCAGGCUAUGCAGAAUCAUUUCUCUCAAUUCCCGCCCAAACUCGCUUCUAUUCCCUGGGAAUCCUUCAUGCUAGGGAUGCCUGGAAAGCCAAUGAUCAUCAGACGCUCAGGCUCUCUGUACAAAGUCAGAGCUGCUGGGAUGCAAGCAAUGCAGAGCAGCGCCUCUCAUUCAUCACGCACGUAGUCAACACAACCCUGACCAAGGUUUGGAGACGGGUUACCAAAGGAUUGUGGCUAAGUGGAACCAUCUACACACGGUCACCAAGCAAUGAGCGACGAGGCAGCACAUUUCCACACAUCGUACUUGUGUAUGGCCAUCUUGGCGGCCAUCAAAGUGAUUGUUAUGGACGUGCUCUACAUCACUAAAGUGAACAAGACUCUCUCACCUGAUAUAGUGGCAUGCCAGCAUGCCGCUGACAAGGCAAGCCAAUUGCUACAGGAAGAAGUUGUAAUGGACUGUGCAGCAGCUGUACGUACAUCUUCCACGACAACAGAAACCAAUGGCCAGCGAGGAGACAUCGGUGACUUUCGCCAUUUUGUGCCACAUCCAUGUAGAAAGCAAAGUGUUGCGCAACAGCCGAGGAGAGUCCGCAAACUGGAAGAAAGAAAUGAUUGUCCAUCUCAAAACUCUGACCCAGUAACAAGUUGUCCUUCAGACAGUCUGGAAAAUGCAGCUCUUCAACCCCUGACUGUUCGAAUGGCCAGAUUGCGAAUCAAGACAGUUCUUCUUCUCUGUGCAGUGCACGGUGUUGUAGAGCAAGAUGCCGCUACAAUCAACACACAGCUUUAUAAAGACAUACACGAAAAGUUGGAAGGGCUGAUCAGAAGCCGAAUCAAGACAUUCAUUUUGAGAGCAUUUGCUCUGUGCUGGGUGGUUGUUGUGACAUUUCUGUCGAUCCAGAUGACCUUCAUCGUCCUCAUCAACAGCGAUCCUAGCAUCAAAACAUGGACUGGAUUCAUUCUACCCAUACUUGUCUUACUCAAGCCAUUAGUCUCCACACUGCAGAGAAUAUAUGGCGGAUCAACUGAUAUCAGAGAUGACUAUUUACUCACGGAAGCCAAACGCAUCAUUGUACUUCUCUUACAAUUGGAGAAGCAUGAAAGGGAUCAACAAGGUCAACCCACCACAACAGAUAACCCAGAAGUAUCCCGUGUUGACAGUCACAGUGAUGAGCGUGGUACAGACCUGGAGCUGGGGGCACAAUCCGCUGAGUCGCAGCAAUCCGGACACGCACACGUGGAUAGGCCGACAGUGUCAAAUUCACAGACUGUCAGUAAUGCUAGUCCUCCUGGACAAACCGAUUGCCAUGGAGACAAGGAAAACGACGUGCAAGUGCCACAUAUAGAAAAUGAGAGUUCACUUGCCCACAGGCGGCCCAGCUGCACCUAUGGCUAUGCUGAAUCAGCUGAAUCAGCUGUGUAACCAUGGUAACAAACAUUUACCUCUGCUUGCCUUUACUGGACUUUAGCUUUAGUAUCGAUGCUGCAUGCAUGUACAAGACUUCGUGCGUAUUCAGCUCAAAUUCGUGUUCCGUCAGCGUCAGUGUCAGCAAGUACAUGUAGUACAAUUUGUUCCCAAAAAAACUUCUGGACAGUCUGUUCAUGGUUUUCAUUUGUAUUGGACUGGUUCUCUACACUUGCGAUAAUUUAGCGGCAAUUCUAAUGUUGUAGCGUUGUUCUCUUGUAAUUUUGUGGAACCUGUAUUGAGUAACUGAGUUUUAUGUUCGUUACAUUGUCGACAGA